GAAUCGCACGCGUUUGUACCUUAGCGCUUCGUCGGCCGGAUCGAGUCGAAGAUUUUUUGUUGUGCAUAGUAUUUUUUUCUGUUCCUGUUAGUGGGGCAACGUGCAGCAAAACACAUCACACUCACACUCGUAGAACCGAAGAUUCGAGAGUUGGUGUUUUGGAGUCCAGAAUAAAAAAAAUUGCGUGAGUUGAGCGCGACUAGCGAUUGAUUACAAGUGCCGUGCAAAGUAGUGUCGAUCCCUCCCGGUGAGUGAUCAACGUGAUCUGGGUUGCGCAAAACUAGAUCGAAACGGCCAACGCAAUCCGCCGCUUUCACGCAUCUUGGCCGCUGGAAGUUGCGCAGCACCCAUUGACUAGAUCGGGUUUUGGAGCGCGUCGCAGAAGAACAAAAUUGGAUUACUCGGGCUUUAUCGCGACAGUAAAUUUAAAUUUACGAGCAACUUUUAUGGAUUAUUUUAUCAGGAUCAUCUAAUUUUCAAGAAGAGAACAGAAAAAAAGUGGACGCGGUGGCCUUCCGAGACCUGGAGCGAAGAAACAAGGCGCAUCGUGGGGUGUUUUUGUUGUUAUUUUGGAAGUGAAGAGAGCGACGGCAAUGGAAGAAAAUGGAAAAAGGAUUCACCGAUCUGGGCGUUUUUCAUUGGUGAUCUCCUGAAGCGGGAAUGAGAAGAAGAAGGAGAUUGGAGAGUGCAACUGGGAAAAUAAAUUGAUAAGAAAAUAAGAUAAUGUGAAGUGAAAUUUAUUCGCCUCUUUUAACGUUGAUAAAAGUCGUUCAGGUGAAGAAAACGUACCGCAAACAAUCAUCAGUCGGUAUCAAAACAUACAUUGAAUCUUACCUGGGAGCAGAAGUAUUAUGGUUUUGUUGUUUUCAAGUGGACCCACGAAGAAAGACAGUGUAAAACAAACAGAGAAACAAUUAUUUAAUCAGACAUGUUCGGAGCAAAUACGGCGGCGGUGCUGUUCAAAUUAGUUGAAGAUUAAGUGCAACAUUCGGAGGCUGGGUUAAGCAGCAAGCUGUUUGGGUGCGAUCGCGAAUUGGAAUCGAUCUAUAGAGUGUAGUAACACCUGAGGGUUUCCCUCCGCGGUGUGUCGCAAUCAGCCAAAAUUGCCAGCCCACGAAAAUGCGUUCCUCACCGGCCUUGCUGUCGGUCCUGUUUGGCACCAUUUUUGGUGUUCUGGGUGCAUCGCUUAGCAAAUCGCUACUAGCGCAGGCCCCAGACGAAUGCCGGUGGUCCGGCUACAGUGAAGAUGAUCUGACGUUAGUGUGUAGACUUAGAACUAUCAAUAGUGAACUGGAAAAUACCAACUUUAGUGUUCUGCAUCCGGAAAACACAGUCCGGUUGCGGUUGCAGUGCAACGAUGGACUAUUCUUUCAAUCCAGCAUCAGUCCGGGUAGCUUCCGACAGCUAUCCGAGCUGCGAUCCCUUUCGGUCGAGUACUGCAAGAUAGCUAAUCUUAGUGAGGGGGCAUUCCGGGGACUCAAGGAGCUUACCAAUUUGACACUGCGAACGCACAACACAGAUUGGUCCUCAGUCAGUCUGGAAAUAGCGCCUCAUGUUAUAAAUUCUGAGCUGUCAAAGUUGGAGCGAUUAGAUCUGAGCCACAACAAUAUGUGGUCCUUGCCCGAUGGAAUGAUUUGUCCGUUGACGAAGCUGGAGUAUCUUAAUGUUACGCAAAACCGGAUACGAGACUUAUCCGUGUUUCAUUUUAGUGCAUCGCUUAGCACUAGACUAACGAAAAGAUGCGGAGGAGCAAUCACGGUUCUGGAUCUCUCGCAUAACAACAUCGACAAUCUGCCACCGGCAAUCUUUUCCGGUUUAGGAAAGUUAACCGAACUUCGAUUGCAAAACAAUGGGCUCAACUUCAUCGCUGAUCGAGCCCUGGAAGGAUUAAUAUCGCUAUCGAAACUGGAUAUAUCCCUGAAUCGAUUAUCCAACCUUCCACCGGAGCUUUUCUCCGAGGCGAAACAUAUCAAGGAGAUCUACCUGCAAAACAAUAGCAUCAACGUACUUGCUCCAGGGAUCUUCAGUGAACUCCAGCAGUUACUGGUUUUGGACCUAUCCAAUAAUGAACUCACCUCGGAAUGGGUUAAUUCGGCCACCUUCAAAGGCCUCUCGAGGUUGAUUCUCCUCGAUCUUGCCAACAACAAAAUCUCAAAACUAGAGUCAUCCAUUUUUAGAGAUUUGUUAGGAUUGCAAAUUCUUCGGCUACAGGACAAUUUCAUCGAAACCAUUCCGGAAGGCACAUUUUCGGAAUUGAACACACUCCAUACCCUAGUCAUUUCAAAUAACCGGCUUUCGAAUAUCGAGUACUUCACAUUUCAAGGCAUGAGUCGACUGUCGCUGUUAUCGCUAGAUUACAAUCGGAUCUCUCGAAUAGAUCGAGUGGCAUUCAAAAACAUUUCCACUCUUCACGAUCUACAUCUGAACGGGAACAAACUGCUUCAAGUUCCGGAAGCUCUGUAUGAUGUACCUCUGCUGAGAACCCUAGAUCUCGGGGAAAACCACAUAAGCAACAUCGAUAACGCGAGCUUUCGCGAAAUGGUCCACAUGUACGGGCUCCGGCUAACCGAAAACAACAUCGAACAGAUCCGCAAGGGAACAUUCGACGCGAUGAAGUCACUGCAAAUUCUAAACCUGUCUAAAAAUAGACUGAAACGGGUCGAGCCGGCCAGUUUCGACAACAACACAAACCUGCAGGCGAUCCGCCUCGAUGGCAAUUAUCUGACCGAGAUCGCCGGCCUUUUCACCAAGCUUCCGAAUUUGGUGUGGCUCAACAUAUCGGAUAACCAUCUGGAGGUGUUUGAUUACGCGCUGAUACCGGUCGGGCUGCAGUGGCUGGACAUCCACGCGAAUAAAAUCGCGGAGCUGGGAAACUACUUUGAGAUCGAGAGCCAGCUGGCGUUGAGCACGAUAGAUGCUAGCUCCAAUCAGCUGACCGAGAUCACCGGCAGUGCGAUACCGAACAGUGUGGAGCUGUUGUAUUUGAAUGAUAAUUUGAUUUCCAAGGUUCAGUCGUAUACUUUCUUUAAGAAACCGAAUCUGACCAGGGUUGAUUUGUUCGGGAAUAAGAUAACGACUUUGGAUCCGAAUGCGCUGAGGAUAUCGGCGGUUCCGGAUGAUAAGCCGCUGCCGGAGUUUUAUAUCGGUGGCAAUCCGUAUCAGUGUGAUUGCAAUUUGAAUUGGCUGCAGAAAAAUAAUGUGGACUCGCGGACGCAACCGAAGCUGAUGGAUUUGGAUAGUAUUUAUUGUAAAUUGCUUUAUAAUCGAGGGAGGACGUACGUGCCAUUGGUGGAAGCGCUGCCGAAUCAGUUCCUGUGCAAGUACGAAUCGCACUGUCAUGCGUUGUGUCAUUGUUGCGACUUUUACGCGUGCGAUUGCAAGAUGGAGUGUCCAUCGAGGUGUACCUGUUAUCAUGAUCAGAGCUGGACGUCGAAUGUCGUGGAUUGCUCCAGGGCAGGAUACGAUGAGAAGCUGCCGGAUCAGAUGCCUAUGGACUCGACUCAAAUCUAUCUGGACGGGAACAACUUCAAGACGCUGAAUAGUCAUGUUUUUCUGGGUCGCAAGAAGCUGAAGAUUUUGUUUUUGAAUAACAGCAACAUUGAGAUGAUCAGCAAUAGGACGUUUUAUGGCCUGAAGGAGCUGGAGCUGCUGCAGUUGGAUCACAAUCAAAUCGAAGAACUGAACGGAUUUGAGUUUAUCGGAUUGGAGCGGUUGAAGGAGCUGAUGCUGCAGUACAAUAAGAUUACGACGAUCGCAAAUCAUACCUUCGAUCAUCUGCAUAGCCUGAGGAUGCUGCGAUUGGAUCACAAUCGGAUAGUGGAAUUUAAUAUGUGGUAUCUGCCGAAACAGUUGUCGGAUGUGCGGUUGGCAUCGAAUCCGUGGUCCUGUGACUGCGAGUACGUCGAAAAAUUCCGCGAGUAUCUCAGGACGUUUGAUUUUGUUCGAGAUAAGCUGAAAAUAAAGUGUACAAUAACGCUCACGCCGGGCAGCAAUGACACGGCCCUGGCGAUUGGAUCUUCGCAGCAGAAUGGAAGCUUGAGCCGGGAUGUCGGAGGGAAAAGGAUUCCGGGUGCCGGUGAGGGCACGGAGCCACAGGGUUUCUUGAUUUAUUUGGACAACAGUACGACACCGUGCAGUGGUGCUGUUCCACUCGAUAACAUCAUCAACGGAAACUUGACAUCGCGCAAGACGGUUUUAUCGCCUCCGCCAAUCGAAAGCUAUAUCCCGCUGCUGGUGGCUGCACUCUGUGGCUUCUCGGUGAUCAUCAUUCUGAUGCUGAUUGUGUUCGUGUUUCGACAGGAGAUGCGUGUCUGGUUCCAUUCGAGAUUUGGCAUUCGGUUGUUCUACGGGAACUCCGAUAUGGACAAGAACGAACGGGACAAACUGUUUGAUGCGUUUGUUUCGUACAGUUCCAAAGAUGAGGCGUUUGUUGCUGAAGAGCUGGCACCGAUGCUGGAAAAUGGCGAUCCUUCCUAUAAAUUGUGCUUGCACUAUCGGGACUUCCCUGUUGGUGCAUAUAUUGCCGACACAAUCGUUCAGGCUGUGGAAUCUUCUAGGAGGACCAUCAUGGUCCUGUCCGAAAACUUCAUCAAAUCCGAAUGGUGUCGGUUUGAGUUCAAAUCAGCUCACCAUCAGGUUCUACGUGAUCGCCGAAGACGGUUAAUAGUAAUCCUGCUAGGCGAGGUGCCGCAGAAAGAUUUGGAUCCGGACAUCCGGUUGUAUCUGAAAACCAACACCUACCUUCAGUGGGGUGAUAAGUUGUUCUGGGAGAAGCUUCGAUUUGCGCUGCCAGAUGUGCCGAACAACCAGAGGCGAAGGCCGCAGCACCCGCCCAUCAACAUGACUCACUCAAACAUCCGAAACAACUACCAGCUCAGCCGGACGCCAAACAAUCGGGCCAAUAACCAGUUGAUCAUGUUGCAGCAACAGCAGCAGCAGCAAGCUCAACAGAAUCAGCCACCACAACCCGAUCCGAGGCCUUCGCUGCAGCAACAACCACUUCCGCUGCCGGGACUGGCCCAGCAACCGCAACCUCCACCGCAACUUCUGAGGGGAGGAGCAGCCGGUCAGGACCAGAGCCGAGGCAAUAAUUCUCCCCGAACGGUGGGGAUCCACAUCUGAUCGAGUCAAAGCCCACCAGAGUGUGUGUGAUACGUGAUCCUACUAGUGUGUAAAACCGCCGAAAAGGGGUGGACAACAAAUUGUGUACAUUCCUGUGAAUAGUAGUAGAACCAAGUACUGAUUAGUGAAUUUUAGCAAAAAAUGAAAUGAAAUUUAUCGGUUAAACAAGAAAAAAACGCGAAACAAAUGUGAUAUUAUAACGUUAAGUCAGCCUAAUUAAUGAUAUGGGUCGUCCGUACUGGGAGCGGCACUAAAGUGAGUCGUCCGUCUUAAGAGUUGUACAUAGUCCAAAAAAGAAGAAACAAGCAAAAAAAAGCGCCAAGCACGAGUACGAAUGUGUGAUCACGGCGCGGCUUAUUGGGGAAAACGUAAACUGGGAACGAAAAAGUAGAACAAGUGACACAAUCAACGACGUUCGGGUUUGGCUUUGGUCUCUCGACUGUCGGGUUUCACCCUGUUUCUAAUCCGCUUGGAUGAAGACCGCGGAACCAUUGUUGUGUCCUGGGAAGAGACCGACCGACCCAAGCAAACGAGUGUCAACUAUCAUCGUCAAUGUCAACUUGUGGCACCGCAAUAAAAUCUUGAAUCAACCAGCCGAUUCAAUACUCCAACAACGGCGAGAAGAGAAGCAAAUGGCAGCAGGAAGCGAGCAACCGGUGUGAUUGAAGAAAGAAGUAGUAGUUAAUGAAGCUCCAGUUAUCUAGGUGAAGCUUAGUCUGAGCACAAAAAAAAGUACGAGGAGAGAGUUUCUGUUGGGGUGAAAACGAAAAAAACUUCUCUCGGGUUGAAAGCAACAUGUGUUAACACAACAGCAGCAAGUACAUCAUGGUUGGUGGGAAGCCUGGGGGCAAUGACAAACACAAAUCAAAUGCAAAUUCAUGUGCUAUCACUCACUGACUGAAUGGUUUGCUGGAGUGCAGGUUGUUAUUUGUUUGGAACCCAGUAAGGAGAAAAAGAAAAGAUAAGCUCCGGGUUUUUUUCCUUCUUUCAACGAUCUCGGAAAUAAUUGUUACAUCGAUAAUUGUGGAAGACAAGCGGUUGACAGUGAGAAGACAGGGAGAAAAAAAAGUAAAAAAUGUGCCCCAUCGUUCCAAUGCUGCUGUCUACAGUGUUUCCGCGAAUAGUUGUUUUGUUAAAAAAAUGAAGAAAAGGAAAAAAAAAUAUUGUCACUGUCCCCGAGCUACCGAGUGUAACGAAAGCUGAAAGAAAAAUGCAAGACUGUGGCAAACAGCGAAGAAACCGAGCCGGGGUCCGGUCGCUAUUUAAUAAUGAUAGUAACAUCCCACCUCCUCGCCAACCGCCAACUACAAGUUCCCGAGGUCUCUAGGAAUCAGUUCAGCACCUAGAGCUAAGAGGCCAUUCCACAACUGGUCCAGUAGUCAUGAUACGGUUGACAAGUGGCCACCAAACGGGGUUCGUCGCGACACUGGCCAUGGUCAUCUGGUCAAAGCUUUAUUACACGAUCAUCAUCAGCAUAAUCAACGUGUGUGCUCCGUUUUGCAACUCUUCGGCGACUCCGGACUCAACAAUGACCAAUGUUGCUGAUGUUGUUGAUGUUGUGUUUUUUCUGCGGUUUUUCCUCCGUUCAAGAUCGAUCGAAUACCUGUCCCGGGGAUGGUUCAAGACCAGCAACCCUGGCCCCAAAGCCCCCUAGUCGAGUGCAGUGACAGUGUGUGACCACGAGGUGGAAUGGUCAACAAUUACCGCCGUUCCACUUACACACAUCAGCCAGGCAGCAGGAGUCACGCUAUACCUUCGACGAUCAAGUGACUUCAACGAGUGACGCGAACGGCCAAGCGACGAACCUCCCUCUUUCAACGAUUAACCUGAAGCAACAACGACAGACAGAUGGCGCGGCGCGGUGGGGAAGAAAUGUUAUACAACACCAUGCAAUGCAAACAGCGCAUCGGCCAAGUUUUUCCUGCGGUCCAGAAUCCGUCCAUCGAAGAAAGAAGGGAACCGUUUGCCUGGACAGGGAGCUACACCGCACCACACGUUUGCAAAACCCGAAGCGGGAAGCAAGGUUUCUGUUUUUGUACACAUUUUCCAUUUAUUUUUGCGCUUAUUACUGUUAUUAUUUAUACUCUUCAAACCCCCUUCAUCCGUUUCUGAGACCUCCAGAAGACCUCCAGAAGAUAUUAUAACCGUAAGGCAGGCAGUUAGGGAAUGAAAGGUUUAGCAGUAGGACUUUUUUUCUUGCUCUCGUUUGCUGCACCAGAGCCCUCCUCAAAGAUGAUGCAAAAAGAAGUUACGGAUAAAACUGUAAUACCAAACACAAAACCGAGUCAAGUCAAGAAGUUGUUGUCAGUAUAGUUGAGGUUGAGGCCCCACUUUGUGGUAGGAAACUAAAUUCCAGACAGAAGAGAGAGAUACUUUUUGAACGAGAAAAAAUAACAACAGGAAGCAAAAAAUCCCAUCAGCCGAGAACAGCAUUUAGGGGACAUUAUUGUCAAGAAUCAACAACAACAACAACAACAACAACCUUCCUGCAUUUAUGAUGCAGUGUUUAAGAAACACAUUCGUAACAGCAACACGCUACAAACAUACACACCCAAACAGCUAUAAACAGGUCUAAAGAGUUACUAAGGUAGGUCAGAUUCUGGAAAUUUGAUUUAGCGGUUUUCCGACUUCGCCACAAUAAUGAGACUACCAUUGAGAAGGCACCGAAAACAAUCUUUUUAGCGCAAUGAUUAAUGGAAAAUCCAUUCCAGGCAGGAAGUUUAACAGCGUUGAGCCAUAUGUUUGAUAAGUAGGUUUCUCGAUUUGCGGUAGUUUUCCUGGCAAGACAAAUGUGUGAUCGAAAUGUGUUGCGGUGCGCAUAAUUUGACAGACAGAAACACAGAGUGAAUGAAUGAUGUUUCAAUUUUCCCAAAGCUUAAUCCUGAGUAGGAAGACGAUGAUGAUGGCGAAGAAGAUGAUAAGACUUAUUAGUGUUUUUGAAAAUGUUGAAAUUAUACUAGAUUGUAUAUAGGCGAAAUAAAACGAAAAAAUUAACUACAAAUGAAAA